AUGAAGGUUACAAUCGACUUGGACAAUGCAUACACAUAUGCAGCGACACAGUACUACUCUGUCAACCCUCGAAACAGAAAGUUCGUCUUUCUAUUGCCAGCUAGCUUGUUCUUGGUAUGGUUUAUGUGGUUAUUCGGCCCUUCCCACGAGACGGUCAAGUCUGCCCUUCCCAAAGUUUCAGUAAACUAUCAUCCAAACCGCCCUCCUCCUUCGCCCUACAAUGAAACAAAACUUGCCCUUCUCAUCGAAACCCGACCAAUGGGCCAUCUUGCUCCUCUACUGCUUCACAUGAUCACUAUCGUGCCACCAGACUGGAGAUUCCUCUUUUUGGGAACAAAUGAGUCGAUAUCCCACUUGAACUCCUCUCUACCUGUACAGGGGCAUGAAAGGAAUGGAAAGCUUGACCUUAUGCUUAUUCCAGAGAACAUCUCUGUCGCCGGUGCAGAAGAAACUUCGCAAACAUUCACAAACCUCUGGUUCUACGACGAAGUUCUAGGCGGCAACCGUGGCGUUGAACAUUUGCUAGUCUUCCAAACUGAUAGCAUUCUAUGCGCCAACAGCGAGUUAUCAUUGAAUGAUUGGCUUCAGUACGAUUGGGUUGGGGCUCCAUGGAAUCUCCAAGACAAAUUCGGCGGAAAUGGCGGCCUUUCCCUCCGCAAAAUCUCAAAAAUUAAACAAGUCCUCCAAUUCCAAGAGCGCAUCCCUAAAACUGACCCCGAGGACCUCUGGCUCAUCAAACGUAUCGGCCUUCUCCCCGGGGCAAACAUGGCGACAGCAAGGCAGGAAGCUGAAUUCAGUGUUGAGAAUGUCUGGCAUUCAUCACCAAUGGGCUUUCAUCUCGGCAUGAGUGGGGAGAGAUUACCAGAAGGAGUAUGGGAUCGUGAAGACAACAGGAAGAGGAUCUAUGAAUAUUGUCCUGAAAUCAAAAUGAUAAUGAAAAUGCGUCUCGAGCGCGAACGAUGCACGCAAGAUGAAAUCAACAACUAUAAUAGGAACAACCCGAAUGAAAGGCGUGAAAUCACUGAGGAAGCCUUUAUCCCAGUUCCUUUCGGGUUUUGA